AUGGUCGGGAAGAAUUCCCCGCUCCUGCACAAUCUCACACUUGGGUACAAUAUCCACGAUGACUAUUUCAGCACUCUUGGCACAUCAGAUGCCUUGCUGGACAUCCUCUCUGCAGGAGAAGCCAAUGUUCCCAACUACAGCUGUGGAAAGAAGGACAACCAUUUCGUUAUUUUUGAUCAAACCGACAGGGACAUCUCCAUCCAGAUGUCAACAUUAAUAGCCCCCUACAAAAUCCCACAGCGGGACCUCUCCUUCAUCCUUCUGGUCUCCCUCCUCCUUUGCUUUUUGUCCUCAUUUCUCUUCAUUGGUCAACCAAGGAAAGCUACCUGUCUUCUCCAACAGACGGUGUUCAGCAUUGUCUUCUCAGUAGCCGUGUCUUCUGUGUUGGCCAAAACAAUCACAGUGGUGCUGGCCUUCCUGGCCACAAAACCAGGGAACAAAGUGAGAAGAUGGUUGGGGAAGGGCUUGGCCAACUCCAUCAUCCUUCUUUGUUCUGCUGGCCAAGUUUUCAUCUGUGCCAUGUGGCUUGGAAUUUCUCCCCCAUUCCCUGACUCUGACUUACACACCCAGCCAGAAGAGAUCAUCCUUCAGUGCAACGAAGGCUCUGUCAUCAUGUUUUAUCUUGUCCUUGGCUACAUGUGUUUUCUAGCUAUCAUUUGCUUCACAGUGGCUUUCCUGGCCAGGAACCUGCCUGGGGCCUUCAAUGAGGCCAAGCUGAUCACCUUCAGCAUGCUGGUCUUCUGCAGCGUCUGGGUCUCUUUCCUGCCCACCUACCUGAGCACUAAAGGAAAGUUCUUGGUGGUCGUGCAGAUCUUCUCCAUCUUGGCUUCCAGUGCUGGUCUACUGGGCUGCAUCUUCUUCCCCAAGUGCUACAUUAUCAUCCUGAGGCCAGAUUUAAACACUAAGGAACAUCUAAUGAUAAAAGUGGGAAACUGUGAAUUGGUUUCGUAG